UUGGGCGGGCGCGGCGAUCCCUUUGAAGUGUGGCUGCCGAUCGCGGCUAUUUGACGUGCGACUCUGGGAAGGCGAAGGUUUUUGUGUUGCUCGCCGGGGCUAGCGGCGGCGGCGGCGGCUGCGGCGGCGUCGGUGGAGGAGGGGUGGAGGUGCAGCGGCUGCUGCACCGCGCUCGACGCUGCGGAGCGAGCCCACCCGCCCCGGGAGCUCUCCUCCCCGGUGCUCCCCCUCCCUCCCCGCCCCCCCCAGUGGCGCUGCCUCCUCCAAAUGAGCGAUUCGCCCGCUGGAUCUAACCCAAGGACACCCGAAAGCAGCGGCAGCGGCAGCGGCGGCGGCGGGAAGAGGCCGGCGGUGCCGGCGGCGGUGUCCCUCUUGCCCCCGGCGGACCCCCUGCGCCAGGCGAACCGGCUUCCAAUCAGGGUCCUGAAGAUGCUGAGCGCUCACACCGGCCACCUCCUGCACCCGGAGUACCUGCAGCCGCUGUCCUCCACCCCCGUCAGCCCCAUUGAGCUGGACGCCAAGAAGAGUCCAUUGGCGCUGCUGGCCCAGACUUGCUCGCAGAUCGGCAAGCCCGACCCGCCGCCCUCGUCCAAGCUCAACUCGGUAGCGGCGGCCGCCAACGGGCUGGGAGGGGAGAAGGACCCUGGCCGCUCCGCCACGGGUGCCGCCUCCGCGUCUGCGGCCCUCAAGCAGCUGGGGGACUCCCCAGCCGAGGACAAGUCCAGCUUCAAGCCCUACUCCAAGGGCUCCGGCGGCGGCGACUCCCGCAAAGACAGCGGCUCCUCCUCCGUGUCCUCCACCUCUUCCUCAUCUUCCUUGUCCCCGGGAGACAAGGCGGGCUUCAGGGUCCCCAGCGCCGCCUGCACGCCCUUUCCCCCGCAUGGAGCGCCCGUCUCUGCGUCGUCGUCCUCGUCCUCGCCCGGUGGCUCCCGGGGCGGCUCCCCACACCACUCUGACUGCAAGAACGGCGGCGGGGGUGGCGGCGGGGAGCUGGACAAGAAAGACCAGGAGCCCAAGCCCAGCCCGGAGGCUGCGGCUGUGAGCCGUGGCAGCGGUGGGGAGCCCGGCGUACACGGGGGUGGUGCGGAGGCUGGGGCCUCUGGGCGCAAGUCCGAGCCGCCCUCGGCGCUGGUGGGGGCCGGCCACGUGGCGCCGGUGUCACCCUACAAACCGGGCCACUCGGUGUUCCCGCUGCCACCCUCCAGCAUCGGCUACCACGGCUCGAUCGUGGGCGCCUACGCCGGCUACCCGUCUCAGUUCGUGCCUGGCCUGGAUCCCAGCAAGUCUGGCCUCGUGGGAGGCCAGCUGUCGGGGGGCCUGGGCUUGCCACCCGGCAAGCCCCCCAGCUCCAGCCCGCUCACCGGGGCCUCCCCGCCCUCCUUCCUGCAGGGAUUAUGCCGUGACCCCUACUGCCUGGGAGGUUACCACAGCGCCUCGCACCUCGGCGGCUCCAGCUGCUCCACUUGCAGCGCGCACGACCCCGCCGGGCCCAGCCUGAAGGCCGGGGGCUACCCACUGGUGUACCCCGGGCACCCGCUACAGCCCGCUGCGCUCUCCUCCAGCGCCGCUCAGGCCGCGCUCCCCGGCCACCCGCUCUACACCUACGGCUUCAUGCUGCAGAACGAACCGCUGCCACACAGCUGCAACUGGGUGGCGGCCAGCGGGCCGUGUGACAAGCGCUUCGCCACCUCGGAGGAGCUGCUCAGCCACCUACGGACUCACACGGCCCUGCCCGGCGCGGAGAAACUUCUGGCCGCCUACCCCGGGGCUUCCGGCCUGGGCAGCGCCGCCGCAGCCGCCGCAGCUGCAGCCUCCUGCCAUCUGCACCUCCCCCCGCCCACCGCCCCGGGCAGCCCCGGGUCGCUGUCAUUGCGGAGUCCACACACUUUGGGGCUAAGCCGGUACCACCCCUAUGGCAAGAGCCACUUAUCCACAGCCGGGGGCCUGGCCGUGCCGUCCCUCCCCACAGCCGGACCCUACUACUCACCGUAUGCGCUGUACGGACAGAGACUAGCCUCAGCCUCCGCACUCGGAUACCAGUAACUACAGCUCUUGCUCCCACCCAACCCUC